AUGGCCGAGCAAAGAGACCACAAACGCCCCCGUGUGGCCGCCGACCCUGGCGAGCACCUCCCGGCCGGCAUCACCGAGACGGAGGAGGAACUCCAGAAGCACUGGUUCGUCGGCAGCAUCGACCAGGGCACGACGUCGACGCGCUUCCUCGUCUUCAACGGCCUGGGCGACCCCGUCGCGAUGCACCAGAUCGAGUUCGAGAACCACUACCCUCACUCGGGAUGGCACGAACACGACCCCCUCGAACUCCUCUCCUCGGUCGAAGAGUGUAUCGAAAAGGCCAUGGCCAAGUUCGCCGAGCAGGGCUACUCCGCCUCCGACAUCCGCGGCGUCGGCAUCACGAACCAGCGCGAGACGACCGUCCUCUGGGACUCCCGCACCGGCGAGCCCCUCCACAGGGCCGUCGUCUGGCCCGACACCCGCACCACCUCCCUCGUCCGCGAACUGCGCUCCCGCCCGGGCGCCGACAAGCUCCAGGACCUCUGCGGCCUGCCCCUGUCGACCUACCCCUCCAGCGUCAAGCUCCGCUGGCUCCUCGAUAACGUCCCGUCCAUCCGCGAGGCCUACGACGGGGGCUACCUCGCCUUCGGCACCGUCGACUCCUGGCUCAUCUACCGCCUCAACGGCGGCGCGUCCCUCGGCGACUCCGCCGUCCACGUAACAGACUCCACCAACGCCUCCCGCACCAUGUUCAUGAACCUGCGCACCCUCAAGUACGACGACGAGCUCCUCUCCUUCUUCGGCAUCGACAAGUCCAAAAUCAUCCUCCCCAAGAUCGUCCCCUCCUCCGACCCCACCGCCUUCGGCAAGAUCGCCACCGGCGUCCUCAAGGGCGUCCCCAUCGCGGGCUGCCUCGGCGAUCAAUCCUCGGCGCUAGUCGGCCAGUGCGGCUUCUCCCCGGGCCAGGCCAAGAACACCUACGGAACGGGCUGCUUCCUCUUGUACAACGUCGGCGACGAGCCCGUCAUUUCCAAGUCGGGCCUGCUCGCCACGAUUGCCUACGACUUCGGCAAGGGCCGCAAGCCCGUGUACGCGCUCGAGGGCUCGGUCGCGGUGGCCGGCUCCGGCGUUAAGUUUUUGGUCAAGAACCUCUCCUUCGUCGAGGACUCGACCCGCAUCUCGGAGCUGGCCGAGAGCGUGCCGGACAACGGCGGCGUGGUCUUCGUGACGGCCUUCAGCGGCCUCUUCGCGCCGUACUGGAUCGACGACGCCAAGGGAACCCUCUUCGGAAUAACCCAGCACACCCAAAAGGGCCACAUCGCCCGCGCGACCCUCGAGGCGACGUGCUACCAGACGAAGGCCAUCCUGGACGCCAUGGCCAAGGACUCGGGCCACGCGCUCGAGUCCCUCGCCGUCGACGGCGGCCUCUCCAACUCGGACCUGUGCAUGCAGAGCCAGGCCGAUAUCAGCGGGAUCCGCGUCGACCGCCCGGCCAUGCGCGAGACGACGGCCCUCGGCGCGGCCAUCGCCGCCGGCCUGGCGCUGGGGGUCUGGGACGAGCUCGCGGACCUCAAGAACGUCAACCAGGCGGGCCGCAAGGUCUUCACCCCGUCGCCGGACCGCGAGAAGAACCAGAAGAUGUUCAAGAAGUGGGAGCAGGCCGUCGACAUGUCGAGGGGCUGGGUGCGGGAUAAUCUAGAGUAG